GUGCUCGAGUAAUCAUGGCCUGCAGAGAUUUGACCAAGGGAGAAACUGCAGCUCAAGAGAUUCGUGAAGUCACUGGAAAUAAACACGUCAUUGUUCGGGAACUGGAUUUAGCCAAUACCAAGUCCAUAUACCAGUUUGCUGAAAAUCUCACUCAAGAGGAAAAAGUAAUCAGCAUUUUGAUCAACAAUGCCGGAGUGAUGAUGUGCCCCUUCACGAAGACAAGUGAUGGGUUUGAGAUGCAAUUUGGUGUAAACCACCUGGGACAUUUCUUGUUGACCUUCCUGCUUAUCAAUCUCAUUAAAAGAUCAGCACCCGCUCGCAUUGUUAAUAUAUCGUCCUUGGCUCACAACUUUGGCCGAAUCAAUUUUAAUGAUCUGCAGAGUGAGAAGAGUUAUGACGGGAGUUCUGCUUACUGCCAGAGCAAACUAGCAAACGUACUGUUCACUCGGGAAUUGGCCAAGCGUCUGAAAGACACCAAAGUCACAGUGAACUCUGUGCAUCCAGGCUGCGUGAAAUCAGAACUAACCAGACACUCCUGGGUCAUGGCUCUGGCAUGGAAGAUUCUCACUUUCCUCAUCAAAACACCAAAACAGGGCGCACAGUCCAGCAUAUACUGUGCAGUUGCUGAAGAACUGGAAGAGGUUUCUGGUAAACAUUUCAGCGACUGCCAACCAGCAUUUGUGGCUCCACAAGGUAAAAAUGAUGAAACAGCCAAGCAGUUGUGGGAUGUCAGCUGCAAACUUUUGGAAAUUCAGUGGGACUGAAUUCUCAAUAGAUGGAAAUGGAAGAAACCCAAGAAUAAAGCAAACUGAAGGUUUAUUCUUCAUUUCUGUAGCAACUUUGAGACCUAUUGUAAGAAAAUUGAUCUCAAUUAAGUUGACUCAUUUCUUUUAGACCAUCUAAACAACAACCUAUUCAGUGUAACCUGCAAUGGCUAUAUGUUGCAGAUAUGUGCAGUCUGCUUAAGAAUGUUUACCAAGAUUUUGGAUUAGUUUGCUAAAUCAGCUAUUCUGUCAAAAUCUAAACUCGUGAAAUGUUGACAAUUCAUUAACUGCUUCAAUACAUCACUACUGCAGCUGCAAGUCACUGCAACACUGUAAUGACCACUGUAUUUUUGUGCUUGAGAUUCAAAUCUACAUGCAAAAUGAGGGUUAGGUAUUUUCAAAAGUGUUAUCAUUAGGAAAUAAAGUAAUUAAAAUUAUCUGUUGCA